AUGGGCAAGAUCAAGAUGCCGGCCCUCUUCCGCCGCCGCUCCUCCUCCAAGUCGCGCUCCGCGUCGCCGCCGCCUACUCCCCAGGAGGAAGAGGGCACCCGGCCGGCGUCGGGCGCGGGGUCCCCGGCGCGGUCGGCGGAGGAGGAGCUGCGGCUGGCCUUCAAGGUGUUCGACGCGGACGGCAGCGGCGACAUCUCGGCCGCGGAGCUGGCGAGCGUGCUCCACGGCCUCGGCGAGAAGGCGACGGUGCAGCAGUGCCGGCGCAUGAUCGAGGGCGUGGACAAGAACGGCGACGGCCUCAUCUCCUUCGACGAGUUCAAGGUCAUGAUGGCCUCCGGCUUGGCCGCCAAGAUGGCCUGA